GUAACGCGAACCACGUCGCGUCUUAAACAUCAUCGCCAAAACAAUUGAUACCCCUCACAACCAUUAAUGGCCCCAACGACGAAAAGCGCUGUAGAAAAGCCAGCCAGAAAAGCCAAGUCGGGCGGUGGGAAGAAGAAAUUGACAGCGUUCAACAAGUUCAUGCAAAGCGAGAUGGCGCGCCUGAAGGACGACGAACCUGACAUUUCGCACCAAGAAAGGUUUAAACUUGCAACUUCAAACUGGAAGAAGGCGAAAGAAAACCCGAAGAGCGUUGCUUAACAUUAUUAUCUACGUCGCCUUUUUUUAUCUUGACCAUACCUUAGUUUUCGAUUUGUGCUAUUAUUGUUCAUUACAACUGUCGGUCCGUUGAAUUUAUGCUUGUUUGAACCA